AUAGUGUGGAAAAUUAUGGACCAAAAUCAUAUAUGAAUUAAACGAGGGCCAAAAAUUGUAAUUAAGCAUAGAUCACCUUUUAUGAAUGAAUUUUCAAUGGAAGAUUACACUAAGCUCAGCUCACUACAGACGUUUAAAAAUUCUCUCCUAAUUCAUUUCUUAAAAGAGAAUUCAGUCUAUUCCCGACGGUGCCACCGCUCGUCACUUUCCCGGUGAAGAAACCGUGUAAUCCACAGCGGGGCACACGGUGGCGAAUACAAAUAUCAACCUCAACCGCCGCUAGAGUCUUCUUGUUUUCCCAUUCAACUAGUUUUAACCAGCACAUUGAAAUUCAUCACUGGGUCUUUUUCAUUUAGCACAUCCACUGUUUGUGAAAAUGCCUCAGAGGAACGCAGAAACGGAAAGCCCAUGAUUUGAAGAUUUUUGUAGCAUUCCAUGCGUUCUGUUUUCAUAUGGCAGUAUAACAUUGAAGUCCCAUCGGUAAAUUCUCGUGGGCAUGCUUCAACGCAAUUUCAUGACAUGGGCUUCAACCAUUAGGAGUUUAUGUGUAGAUUCUAGGCACAAUGAAGCCCUUUCCUUUUUCCAUCAUUGUUUGAAGGAUAGUGCAGCUUUUAAACCAGAUCAUGAAGUUCUUGCUGCGAUUCUCAAGUCCUGUUCUGCCCUUCUGGCUUCCAACUUGGGAAAAUGUUUGCAUAGUUAUGUUGUUAAACAAGGUCAUGUUUCUUGCCAUGUUACCAGUAAAGCAUUGCUUAACAUGUAUGCUAAAUGUGGCAUGCUUGAUGAUUGUCAUAAGCUGUUUGAUCAGUUUGGUCGCUGUGAUCCGGUUAUUUGGAACAUUGUUUUGUCAGGGUAUUCGAGGUCUGGUAAAAAUGAUGCUGAUGUGAUGAAGGUGUUUAGGGCGAUGCAUUCGAGUGGAGAGGUUAUGCCUAGUUCUGUUACCAUUGCUACUGUUCUUCCUGUUUGUGCUCGUUCAGGGAAUCUGAAUGGUGGAAAGAGUGUGCACGGUUAUGUUAUCAAAUCUGGUUUUGAAAUGGACACAUUUGCUGGAAAUGCUUUGGUGUCGAUGUAUGCUAAGUGUGGACUUGUGGCUUGUGAUGCAUAUGCUGUCUUUGAUAGCAUUAUUCACAAAGAUGUUGUUUCGUGGAAUGCAAUGAUCGCAGGCCUUGCUGAGAAUGGGUUGUUAAAAGAAGCAUUCUCGUUAUUUAGUUUGAUGAUGAAAGGAUCUGUAAAGCCAAAUUAUGCAACAGUAGCCAAUAUCCUGCCGGUUUGUGCUUCAUUUGAUGAGAAUAUUGCCCACCGUUGUGGAAGGCAAAUCCACUCUUAUGUGCUGCAGUGGCCUGAAUUGUCAGCUGAUGUUUCCGUAUGUAACGCUUUGCUGAGCUUCUACUUAAAAGUUGGACGGACAAAAGAAGCCGAAUCUUUGUUUUGGGCAAUGGAUGCAAGGGAUUUGGUCUCUUGGAAUACAAUUAUUGCAGGAUACGCAUUGAAUGGUGAAUGGUUAAAAUCAUUGCAUGUAUUUGGUAAUUUAGUGUCUCUAGAAAUGUUAUUGUUGGAUUCUGUGACCAUGGUCAGCAUCCUUCCUGCAUGUGCACAAUUGGACAAUUUGCAGGCGGGGAAACAAGUCCAUGCGUAUAUUUUGAGACAUCCUUUUCUUUUUGAAGACACUUCUGCUGGAAAUGCUUUAGUUAGUUUCUAUGCAAAAUGUGGCUAUAUAGAAGAAGCAUAUCACACAUUUUCUAUGAUAUCUAGAAAAGAUUUGAUUUCAUGGAAUUCUAUUUUGGAUGCCUUUGGAGAGAAGAGGCAUCAUUCAAGAUUUCUCAGCCUGUUACAUGUGAUGCUUAAACUAGAUAUUAGACCCGACUCCGUUACAAUAUUGACCAUAAUCCAUUUUUGUGCUUCUCUUUUGAGAGUAAAAAAGGUGAAAGAAAUACACGGCUAUUCAAUUAGGAGUGGAUCUCUAUUAUGUGCUACCGCGCCAACUGUUGGGAAUGCAAUACUUGAUGCAUAUUCCAAAUGUGGCAACAUUGAGUAUGCAAAUAAAAUGUUUCAGAAUCUGUCAGAAAAAAGGAAUCUGGUCACAUGCAAUUCACUGAUAUCAGGUUAUGUGGGUUUAGGAUCACAUUAUGAUGCAAAUAUGAUAUUUAGUGGGAUGUCGGAGACGGACCUUACCACAUGGAAUCUAAUGGUUCGAGUAUAUGCCGAAAAUGAUUGUCCCGAGCAGGCGCUUGAAUUGUUCUUAAAGUUACAAACUCAAGGGAUGAAGCCUGAUGUGGUGACUAUCAUGAGCCUCAUUCCAGUAUGCACACAAAUGGCGUCAGUUCACUUACUGCGCCAGUGUCAUGGAUACAUUAUUCGGUCUAGUUUUGAGGAUCUUCAUCUUAAAGGAACCCUCUUAGAUGCUUAUGCAAAAUGUGGCAUCAUAGGCUAUGCAUAUAAGAUAUUUCAAUCAAGUGUUGAUAAGGAUCUGGUUAUGUUUACUGCUAUGAUUGGUGGGUAUGCUAUGCAUGGCAUGAGUGAAAAAGCACUUGAGACUUUUUCUCAUAUGCUCAAUAUGGGAAUCAAGCCAGAUCAUGUUAUAUUUACUUCCAUAUUAUCUGCUUGCAGUCACGCUGGCCGCAUAGCUGAAGGACUGAAGAUAUUUGAUUCAAUAGAGAAAAUCCAUGGUAUGAAACCAACUAUUGAACAGUUUGCUUGCGUGGUGGACCUCCUCGCUCGAGGUGGACACGUUAGUGAAGCAUAUUCUUUUGUGACCAAGAUACCAAUUGAAGCCAAUGCAAAUAUUUGGGGGACAUUGCUUGGUGCCUGCAAAACUUAUCAUGAGGUCGAAUUGGGUCGUAUUGUAGCAGACAAACUUUUCAAAAUUGAAGCUAAUGAUAUUGGAAACUACAUUGUAUUGUCAAAUUUGUAUGCUGCAGAUGAUAGAUGGGAUGGAGUAAUGGAGGUUAGAAAGAUGAUGAGGAACAAAGAUUUGAAAAAACCAGCAGGAUGCAGCUGGAUCGAAGUUGAGAGGACAAAUAACAUUUUUGUAGUUGGAGAUUGUUCCCAUCCACAAAGAAAUUUGAUUUAUAGUACACUUUGUACAUUAGAUCAACAAGUAAAGGAACCGAUGGAAUUUUAGCUCAAUCUGUACAUUAUGGCAUUCCUGAUGUUUCAAGAGAAAUCAAAUCCCACCAAGAUUUUUGAGUAUGAGAAAUACUUGUAUAGAACACAUCCAUUUUAAGGAGAUAUGAUAUAAUAAGGUUAUCAUAUCCUA